UCGCGUUUUGCGGCUAAAAAAAUCUUUGGAUUUAUUUUUACGGCUUUAUUUGUUUGAAAGGAAUCUCCUUCACAGAAUCUAACUCGUUUUUUCAUCAUGUCCAUUUUUCGCGGACAAUAGAGUAUCAGGAUUGAAUGUUGGGGCCCUGAGGUUCAAUAGAAAUAUUCAAAUCUGUAAGGAAUAUGGAUUCACUACCAGAAGUUUCUUCUACUAUGGCAGAAGACUCGGAAGUUUUGAUUGAAAUCGAAGUGUCUCAACCGCAAAAAGGAAUAUCUCUAGCCGAAGCUGCUAAUGCUCUCAUCACCCUACAAGUGCCCUCAAAAGAACCUACACCUCCAAUGUCCAUUUCCUCCAGCAGAUCUGGAGAAAAUGACAGUAAGAUCACAAUUACUGAAGGAAAUCCCAAGGAUGUUAGAAAGAAGAUCUUGGAAGGCAUGAAGUCUCAAUUCAAUACCAAUCCUGAGGAGGAAAUGGCAUUUGAGCAAGCUAACAGAAGAGGCCCACAUCGAUCAAAAUCUAAGUUCAAACGUCAAAACUUUGAAAAUGAAGAAGAUUCUGCUGAAAUGGUUAGUAAAUCAGAAACACCAAAGAACUCAAGAGGAAGAGGAAGGCCACCAAGAACAACCCAGACAGAUAAGCCUCAGCAGAUAGCCAUUGAUGUUUUAAAAACUGAAGGUGAACUCAUUAGGAAUGAACUGGAUUCAAGCAGUGAGGCUGGUUCAGAAAGGAGUGAUUCAACCACAGGAGUUCCGGGCAUCAUUACUACAAGAAGAUCUCAAAGAACCAAUAUUAGCCGUACAUCAGCAACAGAAUUGUUGAAAGGCCUCUCUGAAACCCGGCCAAUCAAAAAGACCACAUCACCCCUAGAGCCUGAAUUAGUCAAACCAAUAGAUCUUCCAAGAAAACGUGGUAGACCAUGUAAGGGUGCAGUUCCGAUCGAACCGAAAACCGAAAACAUUACCGUUGAAGUGAGUGAGGAUACUGUCGUGGAAGAUGUCUCCAAAAUGGAGCAUAUGGCUUCACUGGGUUUACAGAGUAAAUCAAGUCCAGAUACUGCAGUUCAUCAAUCUGAAGUUGUUUCUUGUUUGGACGGUGCUAAUCUCUUAUGCGUAGAAUCGCGCCCAGCAUGCAAAAAGUUGCGGACCGAAGUGUUGCCCACCAAAACCAAUUCUACUGCCGAAAAUGAAACGCUGCAUACUUCCUCGGGUGUGGAUAUCUCGCUGUCGUCCGACAAUCUUGUGCGGGAAACAUCAGCCAAAAACAAUAUCAGUCAUACGUCGUUGGCAGAUGAAUCGAUUCUAGUCGGAAAUUCUCUGGAAAAUGAAGUUGAAUUAUCUAUUGUUGAAGAACAAGGGAAGCAAGUAGGCGAUCGUCAUACUCCUCUACAAGUUAACGGAAGUGCCUCCCUGCUUGUCGAGAAAACCAUCUUUACAUGUUCUUGUGUAGAGAACCAUCCUCCAGUGGCUACUGUUCCACCAGCUGCCACUUUAUAUUGUCAAGCUGUUGAUUCAGUUGGAGGAAAAUUGGUCGGCUGCUGCUUGGUGGCUAAUAGAAAGCGCUUCUAUCGGCCAUCCAAAAAGAUACCGUUUAUGAUUCUUUGCGACUCACACCGGGAUCGUAUUCGGAAACAUUUUUGCUGUCCUGGCUGCGGCCUAUUUUGCACUCAGGGAACUUUUCUUCAAUGUAGAGCCUUAGAAGGUUCUACUCAUUUCUUUCAUGCCGACUGCCAACGAGCGGGUCAAAAGAAGUCAUGCUUACACUGCCAGUGUGAUUCCGCUCUUACCGAAAUUCGCUUACAGAUGAAAACUUGCGCUGUACCUGUAUUCUGCAAUGAUGCAAAAUUGUUAAAAACAAUUCCGACCGCAAAGAUUUCCCGCCUACCAUCACGGGAAAUUCCCAGAAUCGUUUCAGAGACAUCAUGUCCCCGCUAUCUCUCUUCUCAACUUGUCUUACCGUCAGGCAAAGUAAUUGAUGCUAAUAGUAUUCCUCCGUCUCUUAACAAAGAAAUGCUACAACGCAUUUUGAAGUCAUUUGAAACCACUGGCAAAAGUUCGUCAAGCAACAAGAGUCUUUACGUAGCGGCGAAAAACGGCGAUAUCGAGCGGGUCGUCGAGUGCUUAAGACAAGGACAGAAUGUGAAUACUACCUACCAGGAUGGAGAAGGCCAAACGGCACUACAUGCCGCAGCUUAUGGUGGCCAUUUGGCAUUGGUCCACAUCAUUUUGCAGAGCGGAGCGGCACUCGACAAGCUGGAUCGGUCGCAAAAUACACCCUUAAGCUUGGCCCUGAUCCAAGGUCAUAAUGAAACUGUCAAAUACCUUGCCAUAGCUGGAUCGUGUACAUCGCUCAAGGGGGAAGGCGGGAUGACUGCCCUUCACUUGGCGUGCAAAAACGGCAAUUUAGAAGCUUGCCAUUAUAUCAUGACCCUGGGAAACGGGAGAAGUUUCAUUAAUGCACAAGAUGAUGGUGGUUGGACGCCGCUGGUGUGGGGAUGUGAACAUCAGCGCGUAGACAUAGUCAAGUAUUUACUUCAGUGUAAGGCAGAUCCUAAUGUGCGUGAUGCAGAGCAGAACGUCGCUUUGCAUUGGGCAGCUUACUCUGGGUCAGUCGAUAUAGUUGCACUUCUGCUUGAUCAAGGGUGUGAUGUGAACGCUGCAAACGUACAUGGCGACACGCCAUUGCAUACUGCAAGUCGUCGUGACAACUGUGAAUGCGCUUUGCUUCUGAUAACUAGAGGUGGACGUUUUGACCUACGGAAUAAAGAGAAUCAAUUAGCUUUAGAAGUUUGUCCAGAUAAGCAUUGUCACUCAGCGCUGCUUUUGGCGCUCAACAUGAAACUCCAACAAUUCACCCAAACACCAUGCACCGAAUCCGAAAAACUACUCUCAAAUGACAUCACCAAAGGAAAAGAGGCCAACCCUAUUCAAUGCGUAAAUGGAUAUGACGACGAGCCAAAACCACAAGAUUUUAUAUACAUCACAGAAAAUUGCUUCACGAGCCCGUUGCACGUCGAUCGCACCAUUAACUCACUUACCUUUUGCGAGUGCGUCGGGGACUGCUCAGUCGGUUGCAAUUGUUCGAGUCUCAGUUUUCGCUGCUGGUACGACGACGAAGGCAAACUCCUAUCCGACUUCAAUUUUGCAGAUCCCCCAAUGUUGUUCGAAUGCAAUCGUGCUUGCCAGUGUCAUCGAGGGUCGUGCAAUAAUCGUUUAGUUCAACAUGGAAUUACCUCACGGUUAGUUCUCUUCCGUAUCGAAAACAAAGGCUGGGGAGUCAGAGCCGCCCAAACUAUUGCAAAAGGCUCCUACGUCUGCGAGUACAUUGGAGAAAUCAUCACUGACUUUGAAGCUGACCAACGUGAAGAUGAUUCUUAUCUUUUCGAUUUGGAUAAUAAGGAUGGAGAAACAUACUGCAUUGACGCCCGGCGUUACGGCAAUAUAGCCCGCUUCAUCAAUCAUUCUUGCGAUCCUAACUUGAUUCCAGUUAAGGCUUAUAUUGAUCACCACGAUUUGAAGUUCCCGCGUAUCGCGUUUUUCGCCUCCCGAGAUAUUGAAGCGAAUGAAGAAUUAGCUUUUGAUUAUGGGGACAAGUUCUGGAUAAUUAAGUAUAAAACGUUUACCUGUUCGUGUCUCUCGCCAAAAUGUAAGUACUCGCAGCAAACUAUUCAUCGGACUGUAGAGGAGUAUCGGCGGUGUCUGCAACUUCAGGAACUCGAAAACGGCUACCAGCACUCCUAACUAUAGUUUUCAAAAAAAGAAAUCCCCGAUUUCUCCAAGUUAUGCAUGCAUUCUCCGACUUGACAUUACUCUUCCCAAUUUCAAUAUUUGUCUCACACUGUUUUAAAGUUAUGUAAAAAAAAAAGAACUGUUAAUUGAUUUACGAAAAUGCAACUUAGAUUCAACAUUACUCAAAACCUUACCUCCACCACUUCCCUUACAAUCCUGCUCCUAUCCUAGCCGCAAGUUUACUUUAAAUACCUGCGAAACAUUAAUGAACUCAAUUCGGUAAAAUUUUGACAAAUGCGUUUACCAUUUCCCGACUACUUAAUUUCAAAAUACUUGUAUCCUAAUGAAUUAUUCUUUGUUCAAAAGCAACUUUAGGAUUCUUAAUCAUGCGCGUCAAAAUAAAUUUGCGUAUAUCAAGAAUCCUAAUGUAGCUACAUUUCGAUCAGUAAGUGCAAUCUGUUUUUGUCCUAGUCUAAUGUUUUUUGUUUUUUUAAAUAGUAAGAUCGCGAAUGUCCCUUAUUUCUACUGCCCUUUUUAAUGUCAAUGGUAGCUCUACUUUAAAUGGGUAACACUAUUUGAUUCAACUGAUUCGUGAGUGAUUUCCCCUUCUCUUUUGUAAAUAAAUCUCACCUGAAUUUCUGUCCAAGUCUCGUCUUGCAAUUUCCUCUCCUGUACUUGUCACGUUGGCAAAAAUAUACCUCGUUUCGCGUA